AUGACGAGAUCCAUUGUAUUGCUAUAUUGUAUUUUAAUAAAAUGGUCAAUUUUAAAAUUUGUCCAAGGAAACAAUAAUAUGAUGUUUCAACCUACAAACUACCCAGUGAUGACGGUACAGAAUGAGGUAAAAGUUCAGGCUGAAAAAAUCAACAACACGGAAUCCAAUAUUGUGUCUUGGGCUGAAAUAUUCAAUUUGACUGAUAUUAACAACAAUACCAACUCCACAGAGAUCCUUCGUUAUGGUCAUCAACAAACUCAUAAGUGUGGAAGUUUCGAAAAAAGUUUCCAAUGUAUACAGGGUUGUCUGUCGCGUGGUUUUCAGAUUGCUAAAGCUGAUAGAGAUUGCAGGUGUUUUUGUCUGAAAGACAAAACAAAAGCUAAAUAUUUUGAUAGAAUUAAUUCGACAGUAACAGUCCCUACAAUCACGGUACCUUACAAAUAUAGAAAAAUCACUACUACUUCUACUACUACUACCACGGAAACAACUCCUAAGGCAAUGGACACUGAUGAAACUACAAAGUCAACAACUGAAAAAAUUUUGAAUUUCCCUACGUCUGUACUACCCGAAGAAGACUUUUCAACCUCAAAUAAUGCCUCUGCAACCGAAGGAGGCAAUUCAACCGAAAACGUAACCGAUGCAGGCAAUUCUACUUUGGAGACAAACGAAGGAGGCGGCAAUUUAACUUUGGACACAUCCGAAGGAGGCAAUUCCACUUUGGAGCCAUCAGAUAGAGGCAAUUCCACUUUGGAUACAUCCGAAGGAGGCAAUUCUACUUUGGAGGCACCCGAAGCAGGCAAUGCUACUUUGGGUGCAUCUGAAGCAGACAAUGCUACUUUGGAUGCAUCCGAAGCAAACUCUACUACUUUGGAUGCAUCCGAAGCAAACACUACUACUUUGGAGGCAUCCGAAGCUCAGGAAAGUUAG